AUGGGUAGCUGUCAAUCAUCAUUGUCUCGAAUAGAAAGAGACGCAUAUGAAGAUAUUAUCAACAGUAUUCCUAUCCAUUGCCAACAAGAAAUUAUUAAAUUACCAAAAAGAAAAUUUUUUAAUAUCUAUAAAUUUCAUUUAAUAGCUAAAUAUUAUCUUCAACAAAAAGAAUAUCAAAUGGCACUUUUAAACGAAUGUCUAGCAAUUCAGAAUUUAGAACUUCUGUUAUCCAAUCAUAAAGAUCACAUGAUUUUUGCACCAAUGCACAACUUACUUUCAUUAUGUUUCUUGGAAACGAUGAACAUGCAACUGGCCAUUCUAGAAGGAUUAAUAACCUUGAAGAUAAUACUGAAACAUAUGGCAACAGAUUACCUAGAAAUAGGUUUACAAUAUUUUCGAGUAGCUGUUUUCUGUCUAUUGGGAAGACAAUUCAAAUCAGCUGAACGAUAUUUCAUAAAAUCUAUUGAAAUAGCACAACUUGGCGAUGGAUUGCGACUAGAUUUCAUUCAAAAAAUAGAAGUACUUCUUCAAACGACAAGAGCACAAAUUAGUGGUUCACCAUUACGAAUUAUACCAAUUAACUAUGAGUCAGGUCUUGAUGAGAAUCGAGAAGAUCUUAUACGUCGUGCAACGAAUGAAAUGAGUGUCAUCGCUAAUCAAUUUGGAACGUUUCAAAUUAAUGAGACUGAAUUGAAGCGUUUACCUGAUAAACAAACGGAAUUACUAAUUAAUGACAACAUUGUAAAUGAUAUUUUGAAUAGUUUAAUAACUUUUCUAAAAGAAAAUGACCCGUUGAAUAAAUUAGGAAUAAAAGGUAGUGGAAUCUGUUUUGUCGCAGCAUAUUUCAAAAGUAUACAAAUGGAAACAAGUUCAUUGUCAAUUCCAAUUAUCGAAGCUGGAUUAACAAUAAUUAUUAAUCAAAUCAAUGAUGACGAUCGAUUUAGACCAUUGAAACAAUUACCAUUUACGAUUUCCUAUAUUGAUGAUGAUCAAUCGAAUAUAGCAGGCGUGCGUGUGUUUCAAAUCAAAGGAAUUAUAACAUCUAACAAACAAUAG